AUGCGGCAGUACAAGUCAGUAGGUGAGGAGCUAUGGCGCCAGAAUCCAAAUAAAGUCAAUAGCGAGCUGUUCUCCCUCACAUACGGAGCUUUGGUCGUCCAGCUCAUUAAAGACUUCGAAGAUUAUGAGCAAGUAAAUAUUCAGCUAGAAAAAAUGGGAUACAAUAUUGGGACUCGAAUUAUCGAAGAUUUUUUGGCACGUACUAAUCUGCCGCGCUGUACAGACAUCCGCGAGAUGGCCGAGGUUGUGAGCAAGGUGGGCUUCAAAAUGUUUCUUAACAUCACUCCGGCCGUCUCGUUUCUAGCUCCGAGCGCUUCCACACCAUCUGCAAGUGCUGACGGUGCGUCAAUGCUAAAGACAGCUUCUUCAGACACUGCAUCAGCUGAGGGAAAGUCAACCUCGCAAGAAUUCGUACUUCAAUUAGCUGAGAACCCCUUGGCAGAAUUUGUGGAACUGCCAGAAGAAGCACUGCACGGUGGUCUUUGGUAUUCAAAUGUGUUAACCGGCGUUCUUCGUGGUGCCUUGGAAAUGGUUCAGAUCCAAACCGAGUGCAACUUUGUAACAGACGUACUCCGAGGAGACGAAACAACUGAAAUUCGUGUCAAAUUUCUACGAUUCCUUGAUGAGGAGGCACCUCCUGCUGACGACUAA